CUAACAGUCUAUGUGUCUGAGAUAUGUAAGGAAAGAAAUAGAGAAGGGGAGAGAACAAUAGAAAAAGUGCUGAAAUGGCCGCCACCUUCUCCUCGGACUCCGAUGAUCUCCAAUCGCCGAUGUUACCGCCGGUGGCGAAGAAGACGGAGAUGGAGAAGAUGUGCAUCGACGAGAUGCUGCAGAAGUAUUGUGGGGAGUUCGGGCAGUGGCAGCUGAAGCACUUCGUUCUCACAAGCCUCGCAUGGGCUCUUGAGGCCUUCCACACCAUGGUCAUGAUAUUUGCCGACCGCGAACCUGACUGGAGGUGCCUCCCCGGCUCCGCCUGCGACGCCGCCGCCGGAGGAAGCGUCUGCGGCCUUCAACCAGGAUCUUGGGAGUGGAUCGGAAGCCGCGGCGGCUCCACCGUCUCCGAUUGGGGUUUGAUUUGUAGUGACAAGUUUAAGGUUGGUCUUGUCCAGGCCUUGUUCUUCGCUGGCUGUAUGAUUGGUGCUGGGAUAUUUGGUCACCUCUCAGACUCAUCUCUCGGAAGGAAAGGCUCUCUCACAGUGGUAUGUGCCCUAAACGCCAUCUUUGGCUGCUUAACAGCAUUCUCUCCUAACUACUGGACCUAUGUUCUCCUCCGCCUCCUCACCGGCUUCAGCAGUGGCGGUGUCGGUCUCUGCGCAUUCGUUCUUGCCACCGAGCCCAUCGGCCCCACCAAGCGCGGAACCGCCGGAAUGUCCACCUUCUACUUCUUUUCAGGUGGCAUUGCAAUUCUCUCAGGACUUGCCUACAUCUUCCAAACAUGGCGCAAUCUCUACAUAGCCUCUUCCAUCCCCUCCUUACUCUUCAUCAUCCUUGUCCUUCCCUUCAUAUCCGAAUCCCCAAGAUGGUACCUCGUUCGUGGGAGAAUAAGCGAGGCCAUGAAGCUCAUGUCCACCAUUGCUUCCUCCAAUGGGAAACACCUUCCUGAUGGUGUUCUUCUAACACUUGACGAAGAAGCAUCAGCAUCAACAGAAAAUGGCUCAGGCUGUGACCUAACCUACAAGAAUCAGCGCUUGGAAAACAAAGAUGCACUCGUUGGAUCCAUCGUGGACGUGAUUCGCUCUCCAAUUACACGUAUAAGGUUACUUCUAGCUGUGGCUCUUAACUUCUUGGGCUCUGUGGUUUACUAUGGUCUUAGCUUAAACGUGGUGAACCUCGAAACAAACCUCUACUUCAACGUGCUGUUAAAUGCGGUGGCGGAGAUGCCGGCGUUCACGAUAACAGCUGUGUUGUUGGAUAGGUUUGGGAGGAGACCGUUGACAAUUGGUACGAUGUGGUUCAGUGGGUUCUUUUGUUUGAUGGGAAGUUUGAUGAGUAACGUUGGUGUGUGGAAAGUGGUGAGAAUGGUGUGUGGUGUUUUAGGAAUAUUUGGAAUGGCGGGGACUUAUAACUUGCUCUUUAUUUACACGGCGGAGUUGUUCCCUACGGUGGUGAGGAACGCCGCCCUUGGGUGUGCCACACAGGCGGCGCAAAUGGGGGCCAUACUGGCGCCCUUAGUGGUGGUUUUAGGUGGUUGUUUACCGUUUGCGGUGUUUGCAACGUGCGGGAUAGCAGGUGGGUUGUUAGCGUUUUAUCUGCCUGAGACACUGAACCAGCCACUCUAUGAUACAUUCAGUGGAUUGGAGGCUGGAAAUGUAUGAUGUGUAUGAUGAUGCUAGCUGGUUUUUUAACUCUUGUACAUGUUUCGUAUUGAUGUUUUUUCUUGAACACUCUGUUUUCCUUUUUCUCUUCUUUCUUGAUUUGGUCAAAUUUUGAUAGGACUUUUUAUUAAUUUUCAAAUCAGUGAGUAGUUCUUAUCAAUUAAUUUAGUGACUAUAAAUAAUGGGUUUUAUAAGAGUUACGUUGUAGGAAAAACAACUCUAUAAU